CAAAUUCCCAUCAUUCCUUCAUCGAUUACCCCAAAAGGAAGCUCAAAUUCUCAUUCUCUCUCUCUCUCUCUCUCUCGUUUUAUAAGACAAGGUAAAAUCCAACCUCAAGAUCCUCCUUCCCUUUUCUUUUCUUUUUUUCAAAGUGUUGUUCUCUUCCCAUCAGCCCACUUCUCUUCUUUAACAACCCAAUCGCCCAUGCCUUGUGUUUCAGAACUUGGCACUAAAAACUCGGAGAAAAAGUUUCUUCUUUGCUUUAAGAGAUAAAGUUCAAAUAUUUUGAUGUGGGUCAUUCUGGGGGAGAGGCUGGAAUGGAUACCUUGUUUAGACUAGUGAGCCUCCAAUCCUCCGAUCAAUCCUUCAACUCGAGCAGGACCUCGAGCAGCUCCAGAUCCUCCCGACAAAACCAUCGCUACCAUCACCAGCCGGAAGCCGACGAAGAAUGCCUCAACAUCUUCAUGGACGAUGAAGACUUCUCCUCGUCUUCUUCCAGGCACUACAACUAUCCUUAUCACCCCACCGCCACCGCCACCGCCACGGCCACCACCACCACCACCACCCCUACCACCACUAGUAGUACUCACCCUCCUACUCCCACCCACACAUAUGACCCCGCUGAUGUAUCCGUCUCCCCCGCCCGCAACCUCAACUUCGACUUCUCCGGCAAGUGGGCCUCCGACGUCCUCCUCGAGACCGCCCAUGCCAUCGCCGACAAGAACAGCGCCCGCGUCCAGCAGCUCAUGUGGAUGCUCAAUGAGCUCUGCUCCCCUUACGGUGACAUCGAGCAGAAGCUGGCUUCUUACUUCCUCCAGGGUUUGUUUAGUCGUAUGACCGACGUGGGCGAGCGGAGCUACCGUGCCUUGUUGGCCGCGUCGGACAAGACCUGCUCCUUCGAGUCCACCCGGAAGAUGGUGCUCAAGUUCCAGGAGGUGAGCCCCUGGACCACCUUCGGCCAUGUGGCCUGCAACGGCGCAAUCAUGGAGGCCCUUGAGGGCGAGAGCAAGUUGCACAUAGUCGACAUCAGCAACACGUACUGCACCCAGUGGCCGACCCUGCUCGAGGCUCUGGCGACCCGGACGGAGGAGACGCCACACCUGCGGCUCACCACCGUGGUGGCGAGCAAGGCGAACGGUGGGGCCGGGGCGGGCGGCGUCGCCGGAGUGCAGAAGGUCAUGAAAGAAAUUGGGACCCGGAUGGAGAAAUUCGCAAGGCUCAUGGGUGUGCCCUUCAAGUUCAGCGUCCUGUACCACGGUGGCGACCUAUCAGAGUUGAAUUUGGACGAACUGGAUAUCAAGGAGGACGAGGCGCUAGCGAUCAACUGCGUAGGCUCGCUGCACUCGAUAACGACGGUCAGCCAUCGCCGGGACUUCGUGGUCUCAUCUUUCCGGAGGUUGCAGCCGAGGAUAAUCACAGUGGUCGAGGAGGAAGCGGACCUCGAUGUGGGCGUCGAUGGGGUCGAAUUCGUGAAGGGUUUCCAAGAGAGCCUGAGAUAUUUUAGGGUUUACUUCGAGUCGCUGGACGAGAGCUUCCCUAGGACGAGCAACGAGCGGUUGAUGCUCGAGCGAGGGGCCGGGCGAGCGGUCAUGGACCUGGUGGCGUGCCCACCGCACCACUCGGUGGAGAGGCGGGAGCCGGCGAGCCGGUGGUCAAGGCGCCUCCGAGGCGCCGGGUUCAACCCUAGUUCGUUCAGCGACGAGGUAUGCGACGAUGUGCGCGCCUUGUUGAGGAGGUACAAGGAAGGGUGGUCGAUGACGCCAUGCUCCGACGCCGGAAUAUUCUUGACGUGGAAGGACGAGCCGGUGGUUUGGGCUAGUGCAUGGAGGGCUUGAGGAUGAUGAAGCUCUCUCAUGAACCAAAAAAAAAAAAAAAAACCAUCCAUGGGGACUGGGGAGUGUUUCAAACGUGCGAUGUGGUUUUUUUAUUUUUAUUUUUUGUGGCUUUUGUGGGUUUCCUGGUAGGGUGAGGGAGUAAGAGAGCAGGGGAAUAUUUGCUUGGUUUUCGAUAGAAUCAAUUGAGUGAUCGACUUUCAUUGAUUAGUCUUGUCAAUUUUAUGAUAAUAUUUCACUUUGAUCA